UCAUCUCUUAUCUCUUCUCUUCAUAACUUUGUGUCAUUGAAGUGCCUUUUUUUCCACCAAUUCAAAAAUGAUACCCAACAACAUAUCCUCCCCCUCCCCCUCACCUUCACCCUCAAACCAAACCAACAUUCAAAUCUCUCCUGAACAAACAGGCAUCACAAAACCACCCAAAAACUAUCAUCCCUUUAGAACAAGAUCAUCAAGAAAGCUAGCAAUCCUCAAAGUUGAUGAACAUCAAAAAACCAAACCAAUAGUAUGGUUUGCCGCCAUACUAUGUUUCAUCUUUAGCCUCAUGUUAAUCUUCUUUGGCAUAGCAACAUUAAUUUGCUACCUAGCCCUAAAACCAAGUAACCCUUCAUUUGAUAUUCCAAAUGCAAGCUUAAACUUGGUAUAUUUUGACUCAAAACCCUAUCUCAAUGGUGAGUUCACACUUCUCACAAAUUUUUCAAACCCUAAUAGAAGAGUUCAUGUGAAGUUUGAGUCUUUACAUAUUGAACUUUUCUUCACAAAUAGACUCAUAUCAUCACAAACGAUCAACCCUUUUACUCAAAAGCCAAGGGAAACUAGGUUGCAAGCAGUGAAGUUUAUGUCAAGUUUGCUUUUUGUGGCACAAGAGGUGGGUGUGAAACUUGAAAAGGAGGUGCAAAGUAGUAAUAGGUUGAGUUAUUAUGCAAAGGGAACAUUUAAGGUGAAGGUUAAAAUGGGAAUUAUACAUUUGUCUUUUUGGCUUCAUAGUGUUUGUCAGAUGGAGAUGACUGGUCCACCAGCUGGUUCUCUUGUUGCUAGACAAUGUGUAACAACUAGAUGAAGAUGGAGGUUUUUUUUUAUUUAGUUUUUAUAAUAUUUUGAUGUAUAGUAUAAAUUAAUUAGAGUGUGAAAAAGAGUGAUAUGAAUAUAUGAUUCAUCUCAAACUAUAAAAAAAAAUUAAAAGAUACUAUUUGAUA